UAAGAGAGUCGGUUGGUUACGCUCUGCUCGAGGCUGCUGGCCGAGGAUAGUCGGAGAUAGCCGACUCCCGGUGGUUCUCCGGGCGAUGCAGCCGGUCGUCGCGGCCCUCGGGAGACGCUGGCUGGUUUUGUUGCCGAUGGUUUCAGUCAGUGUCGCGACAGUCGUCGGUGGAGUUGGUCAGUGAUCUAAGUCAGAGCAGGGCCAGACAAGGGAUACACUUACACGGUAGGCACGCGUUGACAUCAUCGCGGUUAUUGACGACAUUUGGAAAAACGAAUUGGCGAAAUACAGUGGCGAGGAUAAUACGUAGAAGGGGAAAAGGGAGGGUGGAAAAAAUAUAUGAAAAAAAAUAAGAAAAAGUAAAACUACUAAAAACGUAUACGAUACUAGUGAGUUAAACAGUGGUUUUUGCAAUAUAUUCGUUCGUCGAAAAGAGGCUCAUUCUUUCGAAUCUUCAUUUGGAUAAUACCGCGUUGUAUAUAGACUGACCGAGACACGUGUACCCUGUACAUCCGAACGGCGCAGCUUAAUUACAGCAAAGGAAAAUAAUCGAGAAGGAAGCGAACGAAUUAUCGAGCCGGAGCCUCGCCUACUGUCAACAAAUGGGGCAUAGAGGCGCGUGGAUCCAGAAGUCGCAGUAUCGGUAAGGGGCACCUGCAUCCACCAUCAGGGGAUGGCAGCGACCGAUGGUCAGAUCGUGGUGGCAGCGGCGCGAUGGGCGGAGGAGGCGACCUACCUCCGUGACUUCGUGACGAAGCACCGUCUGCCAGCAGUGAUAAAGAUAACGAAAGGUCAGUACGGUGGAUUUGGAGUGCCGACGUUGCCGGCGCCGAGUUUGCAGAGUACGGCGCUCCUCGCGUCGGCGGGAAGGCGACGGAAGAUCGUUGCCCAGGCGGUCAAGAUAAAGGAGGGGCGAAGGGUCGUCGGCGUCGGGCCGAAGUUGGCGAUACCGGACUCUUACACCGGGUUCUUCGAGAUCCUCAGCGAGGAGGGUCGGGCCGUUCGGGGAAUAGAGUCGGUCAGCGAACUUUCGAGGCGAUGCCCAGAGGAAGGCGCCCUUGUCCGGGAGACCAUAAGGGGCAUCGGGUGCAAGGUUGACGAGGCCGGGAUCGUCAUACCGGAAAGUUCCCGGACGUUACCGGCCGGCGAGACGAUCACGACCGCCGGCGAGGUGACGAUCCAGGGCAGGGGUCGGUUCCUGCGGUGCGUCGACUGCCGAGGAGAGAGCGUACUCCUCGGCAUCGAGCAGCGGGGCAGAUUCAGCGCCCUGGCGAGGGAGGACAACAUCAGCGGCGUCCACACGGCCAGGGCGCUACUGAGCAAGCGACUUCCGCUCACCGUGCGGCUCGUUCACGGGCAGCCGCCGCGGGGCCUCAAGUCCUCGUCUCACUUCCUGCCGGAGCUCCGACUCCUCUCGACCUUCGAGGAGGAGCACGUAUUCGCGCUUCCGCUCCAGAGGGACGGCGCGGCGGUAGCGCUUCCGCUCGCGGCGCCCUUGAAACUCGUCAAGGCGAGGAACGAGGAGAUGCUGCGUUCGAUGCCGGAGUUGACGCGUCUCGUCGAACGGGGAUCCAGGCUCGUCGCCGACGUUGCCGACCGCGCUCACGUGCUCGACGGCCGCCUCGGCGAGGGCAAGCCGAGACUACCGAGAAGCGGCGGCUUCCUUAGACGAUCGGCGAGCUCCGACAGUGCGAAUCAUCAGCAGAAGCAUCACCACCAUCACCAUCAUCAUCAUCAUCAUCAGAGCAGCCACAGCAGCCACGGACACGGUUACCGGGACGAGAAUCGGGUGCCUCCGUCGUACACGGAGGACUACGACGAAAUCGAUCAGAUAUACGACUACGUUCGUGGCUUCGCUCCGCUUCCGAAGAGCGUUCGAUCACCCUACGAAAGCGCGAGCAGCAACAGCCCUCCGCUCACUCCCGUCACCGUCAGUGUCGCCUCGAUUCUCGACGACAGACCCGAGCCACCACCGAUUGAAACGAUACCGACGAAGAAGAUACAGGCUGAGAAACGGACCCGACGCGCCGUCAAGGAGACGCCUAUGCCCAAGGUUGAGAAGCCGCCUCUGGCCAAGCUCUACGUAAAGAAUAGCGGGACUCACAGAGGACGCCCGUUGAUGAGGCAGAAGAGCGCGUCGCCGUUGAAGGAGACGCCGCCCGGGUACAAGGGUGGCUCGCCGCUAUUCAACAUCCGCUAUAAAAGUCUGACCAAUCUCCAGCAGGCCAUGGAACUCGAUGGCACUCUGGACUCCAGUCAUUCCGGGGGUCGUACUUCCGGGGAUUCCGGGGCCGGGGCGAAGCUUCCGGAGAAGAGGUCGAGAAGGCUCAGCAGACCUCGUUCGCUGACGAAUCUCGUCUGGGAACUUCGCGGAGGUAACGGAGCUUGUUCUGGACAGGAAACGACGGCCACUGCUGCCCCACCCCUUCAACCGACAAAGUGCGGACCCCGCUUGGCCGUAACAGUCAUGGCGCCACGACGCGUCGGCACGCUCUACCUCUAGAUCAUUCGUGACCCAUGAAGGACCAAUGAAGGCGCAGAGCGGCCACCACGAGGGA